AUGAAGCUUUUCAAGAAGAUCAUCUUCCCACGCUUUAGAGUCCCAAGAGUUGUGAUUAGUGAUAGUGGUUCUCAUUCUCAUCAAUGGACUCUUAAGGCUCUUCUGAAGAAGCAUGGAGUUACUCAUAAGGUCGGCUUAGCCUAUCAUCCUAAGACGAGUUGUCAAGUUGAAGUUUCUAAUCGCCAAAUCAAGAGAAUCCUCGAAAAGGUGGUAAACAAGUCUAGGAAGAAUUGGUCAUUGAAAUUGGAUGACACUUUGUGGGCAUUAAUAUUGCAUACAACCUACAAGACUCCAUUGGGGACAACUUCGUAUCGAUUAGUGUAUGGAAAGGCUUGUCAUUUGCCAGUUGAAAUGGAGUAUCUCUCUGCUUGGGCUGUCAAGGAGAUCAAACUGGAUUUUGAAGCGGCUGGUGAAGCGGACUUCUUCAAUUGA